UUGGAGGAAAUGGUUGGAUUUCAGGUGGUAACUUUUUCUGAUACAAUGUAUUCUACUGUUAACCCAAAUUUCAAAGCCCUUUCAAGCCAAAAACAAGAGACAUAGGAAUCCAUUUUUCUACAAAGUGGGAGAGUGUAUACACUUUAAGAGAGAGGAACUAUCUUGUUUGAACGGAAGUUGCUUUGAAAUUUCUAAGUGGGCCACGAAGAUUUUUUUUUAAAACUAUCUUUUUCAUAAAUGCUAUUUUGGGUUUUGAUAUACUGUUGAUUUCUUGUAGUUUUAAUACUCAUCUAGCUUAUAUACAUGAUUGUGCCUUAAUAGAUAGAUAUGUAUUCUUACGUAUUCUUGGGUGAUAUGAUAUUGUACUUGCUAGGUAGGAACCAUGUUUGAGUUGGACCCAAAUUAUAUAUGAAGUUUACAGCUCGUGAUAGUCUUGUUAGUUUAGAAAUUCUUAGUGACAUGAGAUUGUAGCCCACAUUGGAUUGGCGUCUUAAUAGAAGUUGAAUUCUUUAUUUCCUUGUGUCUUUUGAUAUGAGACUUGUAGUUGCAGAUAUAGUUUUAAGAAGGCUCUCAGCAGCAGAACCCAUCAUUGAUUCUUGAAGAACCAUGUUUUCUGUUGUCUAUCACUUUGACUUCUAUACUUAUGCCGACAAGGCAUGAGAUCAAGAAAAAUUUUUCUUCUAUUUGAUUUAAGCUGGUAAUUUCUGGAUUUUUUGCCUCAUUAAAAUCAGACAGAAUGGGAAAUAAUUAUUCUAGAUGUUUUGCCUCAUUAAAACUAAAAAUUAUGAGAAAAUUUAUAAGAUUUGGAUUCCUUUCAGAGUGUGGUAGAAUAUAAGUAAGCCAUGUUUGAACAUGCGUUUGAGUAGGUAAUCCCGGGUAGUAGCUCCGUCAAAGAGAAGAAAAAAAUAGUAGUUUUUUCUACUAACUUGAGUCAAUGGGUCAAUUUGGUUUGUCCACAAAGCUGUGAUUUUGGGCAAAUAAAUAGAGUAUUGUUAUGUUGGUUCCAUUUUUCAGCUGAUCUGUUCCAGUUCAUUAUAAUUGGUUGCUCAGGCUUCGUUUAUGCAUCGAAUUUUAAUUUGAAACUAUUUUUGUGCUGAAUAAGAGUUUUGAAAUCAGAUGGAUGGAGCUUUAUUUGAUAAGUCAAAUUGUUAGAACAAUAUUUACUGUGCCUUAACAGUUGUUCUUAUUGCAGUAUGUUUUUUGUUGAAAUUUUUCUCUCCUUAGUCUGAGGUUAUAGAAACUGGCGAAUCAUGGCAGAAUGCAUUGUGUAAUGUAUGCUUCUAAUGAACGGAAUGAUUGGGAUAUUGCAGAUUCACACUACUAGCCAGUCAUCUCCAAUGCAGGCAUAUAAUCAGGCUAUCAAUGAUUUGGACAAGGAACUUGACUUUUUAAAGAAUGCAUUUGAGGAACUGGAUUUUGCAAUCUCUAAAGCUGGAAAAUAUGGGAUUAAGCUAAUUUUGAGCUUGGUGAAUAACUACAAAAACUUGGGAGGAAGGACACAGUAUGUGGACUGGGCAAGAAGUCAGGGGCAGUACUUAUCUUCUGAUGAGGAUUUCUUAACAAACUCUGUGGUGAAGGGAUACUACAAAAAUCAUAUCAAAACUGUUCGUAAAAGGAAAAACAGCAUGACUAGAGUUGCCUACAAGGAUGAGCCUACAAUAAUGGCUUGGGAGCUUAUGAAUGAGCCUCAAUGCACUUCAGAUCGAUCAGGGGAAACCAUACAGGCCAGAAACAUCUUCCUGCUACUUUUUGCUUGCAUUACAGAAUUGGCUCCUUACUUGAAAUCUAUAGAUGGUAAUCACUUACUAGAACCUGGUUUGGAAGGAUUUUAUGGAAAAUUAGAAUCUCAGAAGCAGCAAUAUAAUCCAAACUUUCAAGUUGGAACCGAUUUCGGAGCAAAUAAUCAGAUUACAGGCAUUGAUUUUGCUAUAGUAUGCUUUGGGUUAAGCUUUCGAUUAUACAAGCAUUGA